AGUAUGCAGAUUGCUCUGACCCAAGAGGAGGAAGCUUGCUUGGAGCUGUACUUCAGACGAAUCAGGCCUGAGAACAUUCAGCCGGAGAAACUCUGCAAUAGAUUCUUUGUUUCGUCAUCCGGCAUGGAAGUUCAAAGUGUCUCUCGGGACAUGAAUCGGCUCCAUAAAUUGUACAAGCUGGCUCCUUUCUCUGCCCAGUGUGUGCGGAGGGCUGUUGAGGAGGCUGCAGAAAAGCUCCCGGCGCAGCAACAGGAGGCGCUCCAGCAUUACCUGGCCAUCAGCACUGGUGCGGUCCGGCCGCAGGAUGUCGUCGACGCAGCUCUGCUGCUGGAAUCAUUAGUCAGCACUUCUGCAGACGAGACUUCCUCGGCCACAAGCUGUGCAGCUGGACCAUCUGGGAAGAGCUUCGCUGAGUUUGUGGAGAGAUUUCCUGUUUCGCCGGAGGGUCAGCCGCCAUCCAAGAAGCAGCGCGUCGAAUCAGGCUUUCCAGAUGACCGCGUUUUUUAUGAUAAGUGGCGGAUUACCCAGUAUGCCCAGAGAGAGCAAUAUCUGCUGUCACAUUUCACAGUCCGCAAGCCUUCAGCCGCAAAGGUGGCACGGCUUAUUGCACAGGAGGGGUGGAAGGUCAACUGUCCCAAGCCGGAGGACAUCGAACGGCUGUGGACACCACCUUCGAAGGCAGCAGUUGAAGAUGACAAGUUCAUCCUUCGCUGUGUGUCUGAGCAGAACUGGUCGGGCAUGGCCAUAAAAGACUUUGGUGAUGAGCGUGGUUUUGGAGUCGUGGCAACUCAGACUUUUUCAAAGAACGACAUUGUUUGCGACUGCCACGGCAAGGUCAUCCCAGCUGCUCAAGGGAGGGCGAUGGUGCAGGCCCAGCAUGACGAGGCCGGGUACAUGUUCUUCUUUAAAGCCGGACAGAGAGAUCUCUGCGUCGACGCCCAGACCUUUCCGUGCGAGUGCCACCCUGGCAAAGACACCGUUGGGAGGAGGAUAAACCACUCCACAAAAGCGCCCAACCUGAAGCCCUUUCACUGCAGGUUACGUGUGAAUGGGGAGGACAAGGACGUCAUCCUCUUCAGGGCACUGAAGGACAUCAGUGUGGGCGUUGAACUACGGUUCGACUACGGGGUCAAAAGGAAGUCCUUCCGUGGAGAGGGCCUACACCUGGACUGGCUGGAUGGUUGAGAAGGCCUUCAUCAGGCUGGAGUGGCUGGACUUUUGAUUCCUGUUUUAAGGACUAGAUUUUGCUGGACUCUCACAGACCAUUUGUGUUACAUUUUAUGACACAAGACUGGGAACUGUGUAUGAACUAUCAAUGUUUUAUUUGUCAACUGUGAGCUCGCGAAUGAACUAUAGAUGAUUGGACAAAAUUGGGAGCUUGCAUAUGGACUUGAUGUUCAUGUAAAUGGAGCCUCAAUAGACUCUAAACAUUGUAGUUUCAUGUAAAUGGAGCCUCAGUGUGACCAAUGAAAUAAUUGACUUUGAUCUACGUCCUGGAGCUGGAGUGGUUGGAUCUCUGACAACUCUACCCAGGCAUCCCAGGACAGUGUCUCCUUCCAUCAUCGGCUCCUCAGAGCUCCUUGAGGGAUUCUGGAAACGAGCCAGAACCUGAGAACAAUUUCCAUAAAGUUACGCAUCUCUUUAACCAAGCAUUCACAUAUUGCAUUAAUAUUAUGAACAUCAGCUAUGCUAAUUA